AUGAGAGUAGAGUUUAAAGCAUAUCUUACCCUACUAGGAAAGAAAAAGCUGCAACUUGGAAAGAUAAUUAGUUCUGCUAAAAAAAGAGGCAAAAGGGUUCUAGAAAGCUUAAAUUCAGAAUAUUUAUCUGAAGCAGGCAACUUAAAAUCUUCAAUAUUUCUUUGUGAAUUAGCUGAAGGAACUAUUUCAUCAGGAAAAUAUAACCUUAAUUUUGUUGCAGAAUUCAUAACAAAGAAAGGGUUUGGAAUAAAAUAUGGUGAUACCAAUUCUUUAUAUCUCACCUGUCCAGAUAAGUAUUAUGAAAAAUGCGAUGAAGACUUCUCUUGA